AUGGCUUCUACCACGCAAGCAAAUGGAUCUGCUAACCGACGCAUGAAUGGCAAACCAACUGCCAUGGGUGGAUUAGAGAGUGAGAUUGUCCAACUCAACCUGGACAUCAAAAAUGCAAAGCACGAUCGUAAAAAUGAUAGCUUCCAUGGAGAUCAGCUCAUUGGUGACAAAGUAACAACACAAGUCGGUCUACUAGAUGACAUCCGUCGCAUUGUUGUGGCUAAAAAUCUACCUGCGAUUGGCAGCGCCAUAAGAGGCAUGCUUCCGGGUGCCAAAACAGAUGUCAAAGCUCUAGCUGUUAUUGCCGGAUCUAUGUCCAACGACAGCAAGUCUCGCAAAUCGAUGGUCGACCAACGAGUCAAGGGUCUUUACAAUAAGAUGCUGCACCCGCCACUGACCUAUCUGGGAGAUGCGUUUCAAUACCGGCAAGCUGACGGCAAAUACAACAAUGUCAUGAGCCCGCACCUUGGACAAGCUGGUGCACCAUACGCUAAGACAGUACCUUCGAAGACACAUCCUCUAGGAGCUUUGCCUGACCCUGGUGAUUUGUUUGAUAGAUUGUUAGCUAGAGAGGAUGGAGGUCGAAACAGCACAUCCGGACUCUCAAGCAUGCUGAUUUACCAUGCCACGAUCAUCAUCCAUGACAUAUUCCGUACCAACGACAACGAUAAGAACAUUUCCGACAGUUCAUCGUAUCUGGACUUGUCCCCUCUCUACGGAUACACGAUGGAGAUGCAGCGCAAAAUCAGAGACGACGAGUACAAGCUUGGCCUAUUGAAACCGGACGUGUUUGCCGAGGACAGACUGUUACGACAGCCGCCUGGUGUAUGUAUCAUGCUCGUCAUGUACAACAGGUACCACAACUAUGCUGCGACUCAACUUCGGCGCAUCAAUGAGAACGGCAGAUUCUCAGUGCCGAGCAAGUACACCGGUACAAAACUGGAAGCAAUGGCACGAAAAUGGUAUAAAGGGAACAAAGAUGAACAGUUUGCUGCCAAUCUCAAAAAGUACAACACAGCUUGGAAAGCCAACCAAGCUAAAAAGAAUGACGUCCAGGCUAUGAAAGACGACCAGCACCUGGAGGACUGCACUAAGACCUUGGAAGACUAUAUCGCUCAGUCAGGGCCAAGUGACCAGGAUCGCAAGGAUUUCGGAACACUAUACGAUGCAGCCUGGGACAAGCUCGACGACGACCUAUUCAAUACCGCUCGUCUCAUCACCUGCGGAAUGUACAUCCAGGUGGCUAUUCAUGACUACCUCAGAGCUUUGAUGGGCUUCCACCAGUUCAACACCAAUUUUACACUCGAUCCUCGAAGCGAGAUUGACCACAAGAACGUGUCUCGUGGAAUUGGAAACCAGGUAACAGUGGAGUUCAACUUAUUGUAUCGUUUCCAUUGCGCUAUAUCUCAGAGAGAUGAGGCGUAUACAGAAGAAUACAUCAAAGCUGGUUUUCAUGUCAAAGAUGCUAAAGAUGUCUCUGUCAAGCAGUUCAUCGAUGCCACGAAGGACAAGAAGGCGUACGACGAAGCUCACCCUGUCGAGCCGAAGGACCAAACUUUUGGUCUUUAUGAUCCAAAACACCACUUUGCACGUGAUCCAAUCACUGGAUUGUUCAAUGACGCAGACAUGAUCAAGGAGCUAACAAGCGCGAUGGAUGAUCCUAUCUCGAACUUCGGUCCUCGAAACGUGCCAAGGUGUUUGAGAGCAGUCGAGAUCAUGGGUAUCAUGCAAGCACGAAAAUGGGAGAUUGGCACAUUGAAUGACUUCCGAGAAUUCUUCGGUAUGACCAGGCACCAGACAUUCGAGCAAGUCACCAAGAACGUUGACAUUCAGAAUGCCCUGCGUGAUUUGUAUGAACAUCCGGACAAGAUUGAGCUCUAUCCUGGUGUAUUCUGCGAGUCUGACAGCACCAUGAAUUUGGAUCCUGGACCAAGCGAUCUGAACGCUGCUUUAUGGGGCGCCAUCUUCUCAGAUGCGAUCACGCUUGUGCGAUCAGACCGUUUCUACACGGUGGACUGGAACACUAACUCCCUCACCUCAUGGGGCAUGAAGGAGGUCACGGCAGAUAACGAUAUCUGCAAGAGUUCUGUCUUCCACCGUUUGAUUCAGCGAGCAUUUCCUGGUUGGUUCCCAUACGACUCGAUCAGGUUCUUUCAUCCCUUCUACACUUCACAGCAGAACGCUAAAUUUGCAAAGGAGCAAGGCUAUGCGGCAGACUUCAAGAUGUCUCCAGAGCCUAAGAUUGAAGGGAAUGGCAAUACAGUCUUUGAUGUGGCCGCUUCAGAACCUAUGAAGCCAGUCAAGCCUUUGUAUCUCGCAGAGGCUGACAAGAUUUCUCUUGUUAUAGACAACCCACAUGACUUCAUUCACCCUGCCUUCAAGAAUCCUGCCAACUUUCCCGAGGUAAUGCAAGGUCUAUUCAAGCAACAAGCUGGGAAACGGAGACAGACGCGGACAGCGACAUUGCCGAAAGACCAGGUACACGAGGAUCUAGACGGCAUCAUGAAGUACUUCACCAAACUUAUGCGGAACAUCAUUAAAAGAGAGUCCAUCACGAUGAAACCAAACACAUAUCAACUUGAUGCGACAAGAGAUUUUGCCAUACCUGUGACUACCCAAUAUGUGGCCGACUUCUUGGGCUUCGGCCAUCUCAUUCGCAAUGCAGACAAUCCCCAUGGGCUGUACUCCGAGAACGAUAUCUAUCAGCACAUCACUAACUGCCAGAUCUUCCUCUCGUACAAUGCAGACGAAACCAAACUUUUCAAACGACGUAAGGCGUUCAAGAUUUCACUUCAAUUCCUCUACGACUUGACUCUGGACGGCAACAUCUAUGAGGCCAGCAGAUCAGGCAUCGGCCAAUACCUCUUCGGAAGGAAGCGUGACAAUGCCAUGAUUGACUUGGGAUUUGAGGUUGCAGAGCACAUUCACAAGUUUGCGUCGAGCCGAGUUGAGGCUGCCACCAUUCUCGUGUUUGUUGGACUUCAUACUGCCUACAACUCUGUCCUAGCGUUCACGUCUGUGCUCAACAUGUUCUUCGCUGAGAUGUAUGACUAUGCCAAUGCCGACUCGAUACCCGCAAAGACGCCAACGUGGCAGAAGGUGCAAGAGCUUGCUUUCAGUGAGACGAAGAACAGCUUCGAAGAGCUCAUGGAUCUUGUUCUCCAGGCUGAACGUACUGCCAUACGGCUACCAGUUGUACGUACAGCCACAAAAGAUCGUACGGACCUCAACGUCAAGGCGGGAGAAACCGUCAUUUGCGAUAUUCAUAGAGCCAAUACCGAAGCUCUCAAGGCUGGCAAGAAGACCUUCCUGAACCACAAGUCAAGCGCGACGGAGAUGAUCGCCGAUUACGACCCUAAGCGAAUUGCAGCCAUGAGUGUUCCAGUCAUGAUCAAAGUUAUCGCUCAAAUGAAGAAUCCUCGACGAGGUCAUGAUGCUCAGGGUCUACUGAAGAAAGUGAGGCUCGAUGCAUCAUCUGAAGGCUACUCAAAUUUCAUGGCUCCCAUGAGAAUACAAAGAAUUGCACAUGAAUCAUCAGGUGUUGCUGGCAGUAUUUACACGGAAAAGAUCUUGAAACCAGCAACAGACACUUACUUGACUCCCGAAUGGGAUGAAAUGGUACCUUUCCCUAACACCUGGAAGAUUCGCUUCGAUGGUUUCGGUCCAUCGAACUACAGGAAAGAAGGUAGUGACAACGUGUACGGACAGCUUGCACGACCCCCUAUUGACGAAGAUGCACUCUGUGCGCCGCCAUUUUAUCAGCCUCAAGGUCCAAGUCGGUACGGAGGUAGCUUUGGGGUAUGUGACGGCAAGACGCCUGCUGAACUGGAGGCGACUGUGGCUACUGGGUGUCAUAUGUAA